GGCAUUUGAUGGUUUUUCUAUAUAUAACAUCUUGCUUCCUGCUUCUCCUCCCCCUCAUUAGUCCAAUUCAUGUCCUUUUGAUAAGCCAUCCCUUCCAGCACCAGCACCCUUAUGUCGGAUGCAGAUAUGGCUUGAUGUUCCAUUCUUUGCCUCCCUUUGACGCCUGUGUAAUGUUCUGAAGAAAUAAAAUAAACAUAGCCCAUUCGUCAACGAAACACAGUAAUCAGAACCUAUAAGUAAGGAGAGCAACCUGCUUGGAACAGCGACAAGCCAGAGGAAUCUCCCCUCCAAAAUGGGCAGUGGUCCUCAAAGUGUCACAACUGCCCUUGGUGCUCUGGCUGCCGUCGUCUUCUCUUUGCGCCUUGGUGAUGCAGAAAUCAUGUAUGCAGAGAAAGGCUCUUCACCAGAACUGCCAUGUCCGCAUCUGUCCUAUUCUGGGGACCACUGGGAAGUGUCCUGGUGGUACUUUGACCGGCAAGGCAGCACAACACUUCUCUUUCGCCACCUGGAGAACAGCCCCAUAACUUGCCUCCCAGCUGCCUGGGAUCACCUCAGGAUGCUUCGGAAUUACUCCCUACAGUUUAGCAAUGUGACAGACAAUGAUACUGGUCGAUACUGGUGCGAAUCAAACAAUUAUUAUGACCUAGUGGUUGUCACAGGUACGAAGCAGAUGCUGGAGAGUCCUCAGGCCAAUAUUAUGUGUUAUGUCCUGAGCUGCUCUGUCUCGAGCAAGGAGUUAGACAGGGAUGUGGUGAGCUGGUGGGAAGGCGAAAAGCCUCUCCAGGAGGAAGACAAGAAGGGAGGCUACAGCAUCUUCAAAGGGCACAGGGCAUCACAGCUCCACAUUUGCUUGAAGAAAGGGAAGAAGACCAAGGAGAAAAAAGUGAAGUGUUGCUUUGCUAAGAAGAUGGAGAUCACCUUCAGUUUGACUGGAACUGCGAAAGAUUGUUUAUCACCUCCGUGCCCAGAAAGUAGAGGAAAUGGGUGCACCACCUGGAUCCCGCUGGCUGUGUGCGUCAUACUACAGUUUCUAAUCAUAUUCGCUCUGGGAGUGGCACAAUGGAGAAGGAGAUGUCGUCGGCAACAUCAAACCCAUCUUAAAGAGCUCAGCAAAGAUGUUUCCAAGUUGGACAGCACACAAGUCUAUGUGAAUUUCAGGACCUGAUGAGAGAUGCAGGCUGUGGCCAGGGAAAUGCCUCGGUUCUCACUGAGUCAGUCCAUCCUGCCUGGGCCCAGCAGAGCUUGAAUACUAUCAUGUUCUUCCAGCUUUAACUUUUUCCAGGCCUAUGUUUUCAUCUGUUCUUCCAGUGAAGAGUCCACACCUUGCCAAACGUUCCUAAAUCUCUACACAGUGCCCUUAGAUGGAAGAAUCGUGCACAGAAAGCAAUCCUUCCAGUAUGAAAUUAAGUUAUUUGUGUCUAUUGUGUUGGGGCUUACCACGCUGCGGGCCCAUGGUAGGCUGGUGCCCAAAGUCCCAGUCAUACCUGGUGCCGGCCUUGCUGUUCCCCCAUCUGAUUUCAAGUUGUGGUGGUGGGUUCACCAGUGCCACAGGAUUCUUCCAGAGAGUAACUCGGUUCUGUGUGUGUGCCAUUUCAAGUCUGACCCAAACUGCAGUCUCAGUUCAGAGGCAGCUGGAUGACAUCAUCCCCCACAGGGUGGAGGAAGCAAGAAUGGCUACCUUCUGGAGGGAAUCCCUGGCUCUUUCUUUAGUUAUGCCAAGGCCAGCCCUUCAGGCCCACUGGUGUGAAUCCUUCCAGCAGAAGGGAAUGUAACCUUGUCCAGCAUGUAGUCUGUCAGAAUCUACCUUGAUCAACCAUUGUACACUAAUCCUACAUUGCACCCUUUCCCCUAUUUGUUUACGUUUACACAUUCUUCUAUUGCUUCUGUUUAUAUUGAGUCUUUCUUCUGUGGUACAGUGUUGAUUAGAAAAACCAUCUUCUCCCCCCUGCCCCCGCUGCUUACCCUAGCCUCUAUCCCCCUCUUUUCCCUCUGUUGUCUCCUUUGUGUCUGUUUUCUAGAUUGUAAGCCCCUUGGGGCAGGGACUUCUCACAAUUAAGUGCCAUGUACA